GCAGGCGCACGGGGCGCUCCGGGGCUCAUGGCGGAAAUGGACCUGGUCGCCGAGUUCCCCCAGCCUGCCGGCGCUGCGCGCUGGGCCGAGGUUAUGGCUCCCACCUCGGCCGAGGCCUUCCUGGCCGCGGGCUACGGGGUCUUGUUCCUGUACCGCGCUCGCUCCGCCUUCCCCUUUGCCCACCGUUUCCCACCCCAGACCUGGCUGUCCGCCCUGCGGCCUUCCCGCUCUGCCAGUUCGGGCGUGCUGAGCCUGGAGGCCGAGGAGAAUGCACUCCCGGGCUUCGCAGCGGCUCUGCGGAGCUACCAGGAGGCAGCGGCCGCCGGCACCUUCCUGGCUGUAGAGUUCACCACUUUGGCAGACUAUUUGCAUCUGCUACAGGCUGCGGCCCAGGCGCUCAAUCCGCUAGGCCCUUCUGCGAUGUUUUACCUAGCUGCGGCCGUGUCAGAUUUCUAUGUUCCUGUGUCUGAAAUGCCUGAACACAAGAUCCAGUCAUCUGGGGGCCCACUGCAGAUAACAAUGAAGAUGGUGCCAAAGAUGCUUUCUCCUUUGGUUAAAGAUUGGGCUCCCAAGGCAUUUAUAAUUUCCUUUAAGUUGGAGACUGACCCCUCCAUCGUAAUUAGUCGUGCUCGGAACGCUUUGGAAAUUUACCAGCAUCAAGUGGUGGUGGCUAACAUCCUUGAGUCACGACAGUCCUUUGUGGUUAUUGUAACCAAAGACUCAGAAACCAAGUUACUGCUUUCAGAGGAAGAAGUAGAAAAUGGCAUAGAGAUAGAAAAGAAGAUAGUGGAUAAUCUUCAGUCUCGACACACAGCUUUUAUAUGUGACAAAAACUGAAGUAAAAAGCCUUUACAGGAUCAGAAAUUAUUCAGUGGACCAGGGCUCUUACAGAUGGUGAGAACUAGAAUCAAUCCUUUGCCCUCCUAAGGACAGAGAAAAUGAAGGGAGGGGAGAAAGCUGUGGUGUGCAGGCACAUAUAUUGACCGUUGGAAUUUGUCUUUUAAUGACGGAACCACCUGACAUACUGGAAUGUCAUCUUGAUUUCACAAUUGAACACUAGACCUGUUUCUCACCUUUGAAAAAGGAGCUUUCUGGGAAUUAUAUAUUCCUCAAAAUAUAUUUGGGAGCCUGAAUAUUAGCCUUCUUCAUACUAUAAAAAAAGGAUGAUGGAUGCAUGAGUGGUCAUGCUUUGAAGAUCAAAUAUUUGUUGGGUGCCUACUAUGUGCAGGCCCUGUACUGAGCUAUUAGGAUUAAAAAGAUGAAUAAACAUGUCUUUGGGAAA